CUUCAAUUUGCUUACCGCCCAAAUAGGUCCACAGACGAUGCAAUCUCAACCACACUGCACACUGCCCUAACCCAUCUGGACAAGAGGAAUACCUAUGUGAGAAUGCUGUUCAUCGACUACAGCUCGGCAUUUAACACCAUAGUGCCCUCCAAGCUUGUCAUCAAGCUCGAGACCCUGGGUCUUGACCCCGCCCUGUGCAACUGGGUACUGGACUUCCUGACGGGCCACCCGCAGGUGGUGAGGGUAGGCAACAACAUCUCCGCCCCGCUGAUCCUCAACACUGGGGCCCCACAAGGGUGCGUUCUGUGCCCUCUCCUGUACUCCCUGUUCACCCACGACUGCGUGGCCACGCACGCCUCCAACUCAAUCAUCAAGUUUACGGACGACACAAAAGUGGUAGGCUAGAUUACCAACAACGACAAGACGGCCUACAGGGAGGAGGUGAGGGCCCUCGGGGUGUGGUGUCAGGAAAAUAACCUCACACUCAACGUCAACAAAACUAAGGAGAUGAUUGUGGACUUCAGGAAACAGCAGAGGGAACAACCCCCUAUCCACAUCGAUGGAACAGUAGUGGAGAGGGUAGUAAAUUUUACGUUCCUCGGCGUACACAUCACAGACGAACUGAAUUGGUCCACCCACACAGACAGCAUCGUGAAGAAGGCGCAGCAGCGCCUCUUCAACCUCAGGAGGCUGAAGAAAUUCGGCUUGUCACCAAAAGCACUCACAAACGCACAAUCGAGAACAUCCUGUUGGGCUGUAUCACCGCCUGGUACGACGACUGCUCCGCCCACAACCGUAAGGCUCUCCAGAGGGUAGUGAGGUCUGCACAACGCAUCACCGGGGGCAAACUACCUGCCCACCAGGAAACCUACACCACCCGAUGUCACAGGAAGGUCAUAAAGAUCAUCAAGGACAACAACCACCCGAGCCACUGCCCGUUCACCCCGUUAUCAUUCAGAAGGCAAGGUCAGUACAGGUGCAUCAAAGCUGGGACCGAGAGACUGAAAAACAGCUUCUAUCUCAAGGCCAUCAGACUGUUAAACAGCCACCACUAACAUUGAGUGGCUGCUGCCAACACACUGACUCAACUCCAGCCACUUUAAUAAUGGGAAUUGAUGGGAAAUGAUGUAACAUAUAUCACUAGCCACUUUAAACAAUGCUACUUAAUAUAAUGUUUACAUCACCUACAUUAUUCAUCUCAUAUGUAUACGUAUAUACUGUACUCUAUAUCAUCUACUGCAUCCUUAUGUAAUACAUGUAUCACUAGCCACUUUAACUAUGCCACUUUGUUUACAUACUCAUCUCAUAUGUAUAUACUGUACUCAAUACCAUCUACUGUAUCUUGCCUAUGCCGCUCUGUACCAUCACUCAUUCAUAUGUACAUAUUCUUUAUCCCCUUACACUUGUGUCUAUGGUAGUAGUUUUGGAAUUGUUAGCUGGAUUACUUGUUGGUUAUUACUGCAUUGUCGGAACUAGAAGCACAAACAUUACGCUACACUCGAAUUAACAUCUGCUAACCAUGUGUAUGUGACAAAUAAAAUUUGAUUUGAUUUUAAAUAAUUAUUAAUUCAUUAUUACAUGAUAUUGUCAGUUUUAAAUAACAACUACUUUUGACUUCAGGGAUUCCUCAGAGCUGUAAGACUUGUGACCAUGUUUGGGACUCCACACACUGGCUUCAGAUUGAACCCUUGACUUCCACUGUCCAGGGAGUGACAAUGUUCAGACACAGGACACCCAAAGGGAGUUAUGAGUGCACAGUGUCUGGUCUCCGCUGGGUGUGUGAGAGAGAUGUCAUUCUGAAGUAUCACUUCAGGAACUGGGAACCCUACAGUCAACUUCUGAAUGACAUGAGUUCCACCCAAGGUGGUCCAUUGCUGGACAUCACUAUGGAGUUAGGUGAACUGGAGGAAGUUCAUCUGCCACACUGUUUCUGUUUUGGGACCAACCCUUCCCUGAUGAAUGAGAUGAAGAUUAUUCAUGUAGAGGAACAUGGAGUGUCUUUAGAGAAAGUGCAUGAGGUCACCAGAUUCCAUGCUAAGAUUUUCCAUCCCAAGUUUUCACCUAUCUCUGUUAUACUGAGUUUGAUCUUUUCUUGGAAAGUAUAUGUCCACUGUGAGCUGAUGCUCUAUCUGACAGUGAAAAGGGAAACACUAAUUCCACGCCUGUACCUGUUCCCCUGGAACCCCGGCCAAAUACAGGCUGUGGAACAACAGGAAAAGUCUCAAGGGUCUUCAAGGAUUCUCAUCUCCAGACCAGAGCGGUCCUUCAAACUGAAUAGUUCCUUCAGACUGAACAUUCCCUGUUCUACUGCCAUCAAUCCACCGAGGAUUCAUCUCAUACAUAGAGACACCACACCAAGCUUUUUCAGGGCGGUUGUGAAAAUGACAGGGAUUGACAUUGAGAUGGAGUUAUUCAGUGAUGAUGAGAGGACAGUAUGGAAAGAAAUUGUAUCACGAGAUGAAUACUAUCAGAACCAAGCAUUAACACUACCUGGGAUUCCUGCUGAGGAGUUUCUGAAGAAACACAGGUCUGAACUCAUUCAGGGAGUCAAAAACCCAAUGCCAAUAGCAGAUGAUCUGUUGUCAAAGAGCAUGAUUGGUGAUGAAGAGUACUCCAGAAUAAAAGCUGAAACAACUGAACAGGAGCGAAUGAGAGAACUACUGAAUGCAGUCCUCCCUAAAGGACCAGAAGUGAUGGGAGCUUGUCUCAAAGCUCUCAGUGAACAUGAACACCAUCUUGUUAAGUACUUGAGUGAAUCUGGCACCUAAUCUGAAGAUGCUGAGGCCUGUCUCCUAGUCUGUGGACGAAGACACUUCACCUAAUCUGAAGAUGCUGAGGCCUGUCUCCUAGUCUGUGGACAAAUACACUUCACCUAAUCUGAAGAUGCUGAGGCCUGUCUCCUAGUCUGUGUACGAAGACACUUCUUCACCUAAUCUGAAGAUGUUGAGGCUAGUCUGUGAGGCUAGUCUCCUAGUCUGUUGAGGCUAGAUGUUGAGGCCUGUCUCCUAGUCUGUGGACAAAGACACUUAAAUGAUUUUAAGGGAAAUGUUUGUUUGUGCUAUUCUUUUAACAAAUGUCUGUUUUAUUCAUGUGCUGUUCUGUAAACUAAUGUGUGUGUUCAUCAAGUGGCUGACUGUAGAAAUCCUCACUAUCAGUAGCUGUAAUUUGGCAGUAAGGCCAGACGUUGGUUUGAGAACGAGAUAUCUCAGUUUCAAGGUCUCAGUUUAGAGAGAAGAAGUCUCGUGAGGUGUUGGUCUGUCAAAUGCUAUGAACCAGUAUUGGUCGGUCACAUGAAUGGAACAAAACGGUAAUGAUUCAUUAAUUAUGCUAAAUCAUGCAAAUGUAACUUGUCUGUGUAUAGCUAUAUAUUAGAAAACUGCUGGGGCUGCCCCAGGCAUAGCCCCUGAUUGACAUGUGUACUAUGGUGCAUUUAGUUGGUUGGAACCUCUCCAGCUCACUGACAAUAAAUAAUGAUUCAUUUAA